AUGGAGGAGGAGCAGAAUGGAGACAGAGGAAGAUUUGUAGAUAGAGGAAACAAGACGGUGGAACAGAAGGAAUUGGAGAAGGAGGAAACAGAGGAGAAGAAGAUGGAAGAGAAGGAGAAACUAGAAAAGAAGGCGCGAAGAUGGAGACGGAAAGGAAAAUGGAGGAGAAAGAGAUGGAGGAGGAGAUAUAGGAGGAGAUGGUUGAGACAGAGGAAGAAAAGACAAAAGAGGAGGUGGAAGAAAAAGAGGAGGAGAAGACUGAGAAGGAGGAUGAUAAAACAGAGAAGGGGCAGAGAAAAUGGAGGAGAAGGGAAAAACAAAGGAGGAAGAGAAGGAGGAGGAAAAAAGAGAGGGAAUAGAGAAGGAAAUUGA